AUGAAGCUUACAUCAACCAUAAUUGCAUUGGCCACUUCCAUUACAUAUGCUCUUGCAGCUGCCUCACCUGAUGAAUUGAAAAUUGAUAUUACUAAAUCAGUUAAAUGUUCACGCAAGACCCAGCCGGGUGAUUCAAUCAGUGUGCAUUACAAAGGUACACUAGAAGACGGCACAAAAUUCGAUAGCUCAUACGACAGAGGCACUCCAUUACCAUUUAUUGUUGGUGCAGGACAAGUUAUUACAUGUUGGGACGAAGGAUUGUUGGAUAUGUGUAUUGGUGAAAAACGUACGCUUUGGUGUCAUCACAACGUGGCAUAUGGUGAGCGCGGUAUUGGUCCAAUUCCGGGCGGAGCUGCUUUGAUCUUUGAGACUGAAUUGAUUGACAUUGCAGGUGUUCCCAAGGAAGAACAGGCUGUUGAGGAUGAAGCCAAUGAGGAAGGAAAGAAGGACGAUGCAAAAGGCGAAAUCGAGAAAGAUGAAUUAUAA